GGAUUAUCCCUCACAUGGGAUUAUCCUCUGCUUUCCCUUGGACCACCUCAGUGAGGGAGAGAUUUGGGGGGGGGGGUCGUCUUCUGAGCAGCCCAGGGCUACAAUUGAGGGGUUCAGGCCCUUGGGCUGGAGAGAUUUGGAAAAUAAAAUAAAAUUGCCAGCAUCUUGAGGGAGCCGGCGUUUGUCCGCAGAUAGUUUCCGGGUCAUGUGGCCAGCAUGACAAAGCUGCUUCUGGCGAACCAGAGCAGCGCACGGAAACGCCAUUUACCUUCCCGCCGGAGCGGUCCCUAUUUAUCUACUUGCACUUUGAUGUGCUUUCGAACUGCUAGGUUGGCAGGAGCUGGGACCGAGCAACGGGAGCUCAUGCCGUUGCAGGGAUUCGAACCGCCGACCUUCUGAUCAGUAAGCCCUAGACUCUGUGGUUUAACCCACAGCGCCACCUGGGUCCCUCGGCCUAUAGAGCGAGAUGAGCGCCGCAACCGCAGAGUCGGACACGACUGGACCUGAUGGUCAGGGGCCCCUUCACCCUUUACCUUUACCUAAAGACCCUUAUGCAAGUCUAUGAUGCUACCACACUUGGGGUUGCUUCACCUCAAAAAGAAUAGAGUUGGAAAAGAAAACACUGGUCUGGACUGGACAGUAGAGGACACAAGGCUGUUAACAUGAUGGAAAAGAAGGCUAAAGUCAGUUCAAAGUUUAUAAAAACACAGAAACAGCCUAGUCCUAAAGGAGGCUCAGGUGGCCAGUUCGCUUCUCCUCGUCUGAUUGGGAAUCGCAGGAUCUUGUACCGUGUGACAUACACUUGGAACCGAGGUGGGAGAUUAAAAGAACUCCGUAUCAGACACCUGGCUAGGAAAUUCCUUUACUUGUGGAUGAAGAAGGCAUUUGGAAGGGUCCUCCCUUCUAGCGCCAGGCGCUAUUAUGAUCAGAAGAUACUGCGGAAAACCUUUGGAGGGUGGAAGGAAGAAUGGUGGGUUAUUUGGAAAGAAUGGAAGCUCACCAUCCGGGCUGACUGCCAUUACAGGUAUUUCCUGUACAACCUGAUCUUUCGGGCCUGGAAGUCCUACAUACUCCUGCAGCGAGAGAAGAAGGUGACUUAUUGUGUUGCAGAUUCACACGCGGCAAAAAUGAAAACCCUUUGUACGUGGCAGCGCUGGCUGAGCUAUGUGGAAUUGCGCCGGAUGAAGCGCCGAAUGCACUUGGAGGCCUUCAAGUUCAGGGAAAAGAGUGCCUUGCGUCUUGCAUGGAGGUUGUGGAGGCAGAGAUGGUCCCAGAAUCAAGUUGCUUGUGAAAUGGAUGGUCAGGCUCUACAGCAUUGGGCCCAAGGCUUGCAGUUUCGUGCCUGGCUCAAAUGGAGGGAGUGCUAUACGUGCAUCCAAGAUGAGCGAAAGGAGGAGGCCAGGGCAGUGAUGCAUGAGCAGCACAGGGAGAUGUGGAGGGCCAUGAAAUCCUGGCAUGUUUAUGUGCAACUCCGAAGGGAGAAGGAGCAUCAGGACAAGCUGGCCUUGCAGCACAACCGCACCCGGGUCCUCUUUCAGAGCUUCUCAAUGUGGCGUCUGACUUGGGAACACAAACAACAACUGCAUGCUCACCAGGAGCAACUUGUUCAGCUGGCUGCGAGGGUCGCCUUGCGAAGAGUUUUGACACGAUGGAAGCAGUAUGUGACGUUGUGUGUCCAAAAAGCUAAGCACUAUGAACUUGCUGAGCGCCACUACAGAUGUCACCUGCUGCACUGUGGGCUGAGUGCCUUGCGUAAGAAUGUUACAGAAGCUUCUGUCAAGCAAAUGAGGAUAAACUUGGCUCAUCAGCAGCACCAAGUCAUGCUCUUGCUCAGGUUCUGGAAUGGAUGGAAGUCUCGUUUGGAACAGAAGGAGGAAGAGCGAUACCGCUCCCUGACACUGUCAGCUCAUUCUCACUACAGGACUGUGCUGCUGCACAGGUGUCUCAGUACCUGGUCGUGCCAUGCCAACUGGAAAAGGCACAAGAAGCUGCAAUAUGCCAGAGCCAAUAGGCACUACAAGGGCGUGAUCUUGCCUGCCACUUUUGAGGCCUGGAAGCGAUUCAAGGAUCAUCAGUGCUGGUGGCGAAAGAUGAAGGGGAUGGCCGUGUGUUUCCACAGAGAAAUUUGCACCAGGCGAUGGUUUGAAAGGUGGCGGCUGAGAAAACAUGAGCACCAAGAGAACCACAUGGCAGAGGAAAUGGCUGUUCUGCACUGUGAGCGAUGGCUGCUGUCCCAGUCCUGGUGCUUCUGGCGCAGGAGAACUGUGGUUCAGCUGGAAGAGCGUGAGGGACUGUCUUUGGCCAAAGAGCAUCACAACCACCAAAUCCUGCAGACUGCUUUCUGUCUUUGGAAGGAGAACGUUCAGGAAAUAAAGGAAGGGAGGACGAAGGAGGCCAGAGCUUCAAGGUUCCACUCUGUCAAGCUCCUGCGAUGGUCUUGGAGCAAGUGGCGACAGUACUUGAGGCACCGCUCUGAGAAGUGGGCGAAGCUGGUGAGAGCCGAUAUGCACCACCAGCAGGCUGUGCUGCACAGGGCCUUGUCAGCCUGGAAGGCUUAUCAGAGUCACAUCCAGCACAUUCUGUCCCAAGUAGCCAAAAAGGAGGAGGAGCAUAAUCAGCGGCUGCUACGGCAGGCACUGUGCACCUGGAAGGAAAAUGCUGCAGAUUCCAAGCAUGAAGCUGAGAAGGCUGCUUUGGCAGAAGAUCAUUACCGAAGAGCGUUUCUCUCAAAGGUUGUGCUCAGAUGGAGGGAUGCAGCCUCCUUGUGUGCUUACCAUCGUCAGCAGGAGGCAGCAGCUGUGAUGGAGGCCAGAAAGCAUUUGCAUGCAGUGAGCCUGCAGGGGAUGUUUCUUCGCUGGAAGGAGUCCUACGUUCAGUCCUCUAAGCAGAGAGGGCAGUUUGUCUUGGCAGCUCAGCACCAUGGGAGACAGCUGCUUAGCAAGUGCAUGGCCAGGUGGAAGCAGUAUCACCUCCAGUGCAUAAGGAAGAUGCUCCUGCAGAGACAAGGAGAUCAGCUGAUGGCCCGGAGGCUUUCCUCUACCUGCUUCUCAACCUGGAAGACACAGUUGGCACACAGGAAGAGGGAGCAGGAGAAAACUGUGUGGGCGCUUUGGCAUUGGUCCAUGUCCCUGCAGGGCAAGGUGUUUGAUGCUUGGCUGGGAUUUGUCCUAGAGCAGCAGCGCAAGAAAGGUCGGAUUGAAAGGGCUGUGGAGAUUUACCGGGCUGAUUUGCUGCGGGAGGGUGUGACCCGCAUCCUGAGGUACACGGCUGGCAUGAAGGAAUUCCGAGGGCACUUGCAGGCCCAGCAUCAGGUGAAGAUCGCCUGCCACCGUCACCAGGCUGUCUACCGGUGUGCCAUGCUCUGGAAACUAAAGGCCCUCUGCCAGAAACCCAGCCUGUCCAUUCCAGGGGCCCCUCUCAAGAAGCGAGUGACAUUCCAAGUGCCCGUGCCUGCUGCAAUCUCAAGAGCUGGUGGAGAUCUUGGAGGGAGAACGAGCCUUCGUUCCAUUCCAAGGCCUGCACAGAGCGACCACCAGGCCCACAUUUUCCAGGCUUCUGGAGAUUCCAUCCUGACUGAGCUGCAGGCGGCCCGCCAAGGAAGGUUACAGCCACGUAAACCUGACUUUCUGCUGCAAUCUCUGGAGAGAACAGAGCUGCCUGGUCCUGACUUGAAUGGACUAGAAAGCCUUGCUGGGGCUUUGCAGAAAACGACUCCAAGCCACCCUCCUGCUCUGUCUACGGCCCUUUUGUCAUCUGCCCAAAGCAGUAUCCCUUCUCCACCCCAGUUCAGUGGCUGCCCCUUCUCAGCACCCCCACUUCCUCAGGCUGCUCCAGUGCUGUGCAUGCCCCCUUGGCCAGAUAGCACAGCCCUCCCAAAGCCAAAACCGGAGCUGUUGCCACCUUCCUCCUUCAUGACACGGAGAAAAGAGAGGCCAGGAACGGUCGAGCCUUUGGACCUGCAGCCUGGCCUCUAUUCCACAAACCCUGCAGGACCAACCACUGGGAAGGAAAAAGUGCUGGCAGACCCAAGGGCAGAUUUCUUACUGCCUGAAGAUUUUGCAAGGAGAGAGAGCCCUCCUCCCCAUCCCACUUGCAGAAGGGCAGGAACCAAAGAACCAGAAAGGGCAACAGAGGGUUUUACUCAGGAGGCGCUGGCAGUUCAGAAACAGCUGGGAGCUGAGCUCCAGGUUAUUGGGAAGAAAAUGCAACUCUACCACCACAACCAGCAGGAGCUGAAGUCCUGCCAGCGGCAGCAGCGUAUUCUGCUUAAGUACCUGGAGAUGAGACCAGGGGAUGAAGAACAGAUGGCUGUGCGUCAAGUACAAGAAGAGUUGGAUCAGCUGAAAGUGAAGAUCACUUCCCUCAAGCACAUACUGGGAGAAGAGCGACAGCUAAUGGAGUCCUAUGUCACGCGUGUCCAGGAUAUUCGAGCAUCUCUUGGCACUAAAGCAUCUUGGACUCACUUGUUUGCAUAAUAUGCAGUAGGAUGGCUGGACGUUGUCCCUUUGCUAUGCAGGAGGUGGGGGUGGCAGAGGAGCCUCCACCCCGUUAGCUGUACAAACACUGGUGGAGGCUGCAAUCCAAUAUAACACAUUUACCUGGGAGUAAGUCACAUUGACCUGCAUAGGAUUGCACUGCAGGUAGUUGGCAUGUCUCUUUACAGCAGUCUAAUGUUUUCUUUUAAAAAGUCAGCCACAGUAAGUCAUUCAUUUUUAUUUUAAAACAUUUUCAAUUAAUGAGUUAAUGUCCUUAAGUUGUACAUUUUGACAUACAAAAAUACUGUGCUACUGAUACAGUUGAAAAAUUAAAUGGAUUCUCCGUGCAGGAGAAAUUCACAGCGUCACUAAGAAACCCACUCCCAUUUUGCUUAGGAUCAAUGUGACCUCCUCUGGCUCUCAGCAGCCUCAGGCCCCCACCACAAUCUCCUCCCCUAGACCGGGAAGUUCAUCCAGCAGAAUUCCCUUGUCCUCAAUAAGCAGCAGAACCUUCAGUACCGCUCUGCAAGCAGAGUAACAAGAAAUUAAAGCUCAAAGAGGAGCUGGCAAAGCAGCCAAGUGGAAGCAAUGGAUGGAGCAAAGUUUACCCCCUUCGGGUAAUGCACUAAUAAUGAUGCACUAAUAGAGGAGCUGUGACUCAUCAUUCUAUCCUAUGGUUAAACAGGCCAGUUAGCUGGUUAGAAAACCCACCUUCACACUGUGCAAAGAUAGGAAGGAUGGAUGACCAGCCAUCAUCACCAAGGCCACUUCUCUGCCCUUCAUCAGCAUCAGAGACGGGAACCACUAUCAUUGGAAACAUCCAUGCCUCAAAUGGCACACGCCUCGAAGACUUGCUCAUUUUUUUCUAGCAGUCACAGUCUUAAAAGUGCCUUGGCUUCUUUUCUUAUGGCUGUGCUCGUUAAAAGGGGCAGCUUCUCUCGUGUGUGUGUGUGUGUGUGUGUGUGUGUGUGUGUGUGUACAAGGUAAGACUAAAAGCAAAGAAAGCAUAAGGAGGAGGAGGGAUGCCGUUUUAAAACCAAAUGAGCUCAACACUCCUGAGCCUCAGCCAUGUUCACAACUUGGUUUCUUAAGGUCAAGAACAAAACACAGACAUCAUAAAUAAACCAAUCCCUUUUCAACUGCCCCCCCCCCUUUGGCACCAAUUUCUAAGAAUCCCCUCCCAGGAAAAAAAGGCAUAGUAAGUUUUAAGAUUCCCCUUAUUAUUGGUCUACACAGCAGUGCUUAAUGUUUUGCCACUGAACCCCACUUGGAUGUGUGUGGGAUGAAGGUUCAGAAUAUAACUCUCAAGCUGGCUUUGGCAAAUUUGGCCUUUAAGUAUUUUGCAAGUCCAGCA